UUCCGAUAAAAAUACAAAUUUUCCAGCUAACAAUGGCAGAAGUUGCGCCGAACAGCACUCUGUACAUCAACAAUCUCAACGAGAAGAUCAAAAUCGAUGAGCUGCGAAAAUCGCUCGUCGCCGUCUUCAAACAAUUCGGCGAAAUUGUCAGUGUGAUGUGUUUCAGGACGCUGAAGAUGCGCGGGCAGGCUCAUGUGAUUUUUAAAGAGCUCCCCGCCGCAUCUGCCGCCCGAGAAGCGUUGAAUGGUUUUCCAUUUUACGAAAAGCCAAUGAGAAUUCAAUUCGCAAGGGAGGAUUCUGACGUCGUCGCCCAGGAAAAGGGGACAUAUAUCAAGCGGGAGCCCAAAUAUCUAUCGGAGAAGAUUCUGAAGAAGCCAAAGAGCCGAAAGAAGGAAAAUGGAGGCGAUGGACCAGCGCCGCCCAACAAAAUCCUAUUUUGCACGAAUCUUCCAGAUUCGGCGACCGCUGAAAUGCUUGAGAUUAUGUUCAAUCAAUUCGCGGGUCUCAAAGACAUUCGAAUGGUUCCAAAUCGUCCAGGAAUCGCUUUUGUCGAAUUUGACACAGAUUCUUUGGCAAUUCCAGCACGUACAACACUCAAUAACUUCAAAAUCUCGGCGGAGCACACGAUGCGUGUCGAUUACGCUAAAAAAUAAAUGGAUCUCUCUGGAAUUUGAUGAAAAUUUUAAUUUAUAUAUAUUCAUAUAUUCAAAUGUUAAAUAUUAAAUUUUUUUCAAAAAAUCGAUUUUUCUGUUUUUUUUUUUGCGAUUUUUC